AUCAUCUUUCACAAUUCUCAUUUUCUUCUCAAUAUUUUUCUUCUGCUUUUGAUCGAUCACAAAGAAGCUUUCUUUCUCUCUCUCAUUUGAUUCCCAGCACCGUUUCAAGAUGCAAAUCUUCGUUAAGACACUCACUGGCAAGACCAUCACUCUCGAGGUUGAGAGUUCUGACACAAUCGAUAAUGUUAAGGCAAAGAUCCAAGACAAGGAAGGAAUUCCUCCUGAUCAGCAAAGGUUGAUCUUUGCUGGAAAGCAAUUAGAGGAUGGCAGAACUCUUGCAGACUAUAACAUCCAAAAGGAGUCCACCCUCCACCUUGUCCUUCGUCUGCGUGGUGGCAUGCAGAUCUUUGUGAAAACCUUGACUGGGAAGACAAUUACUCUUGAGGUUGAGAGCUCUGACACUAUUGACAAUGUCAAGGCAAAAAUCCAAGAUAAGGAAGGAAUUCCUCCAGAUCAGCAGAGAUUGAUCUUCGCUGGAAAGCAGUUGGAGGAUGGAAGAACUCUUGCUGAUUACAACAUCCAAAAGGAGUCCACCCUCCACCUUGUCCUUCGUCUGCGUGGUGGCAUGCAGAUCUUUGUGAAAACCUUGACUGGGAAGACAAUUACUCUUGAGGUUGAGAGCUCUGACACUAUUGACAAUGUCAAGGCAAAAAUCCAAGAUAAGGAAGGAAUUCCUCCGGAUCAGCAGAGAUUGAUCUUCGCUGGAAAGCAGUUGGAGGAUGGAAGAACUCUUGCUGAUUACAACAUCCAAAAGGAGUCCACCCUCCACCUUGUCCUUCGUCUGCGUGGUGGCAUGCAGAUCUUUGUGAAAACCUUGACCGGAAAGACUAUUACACUUGAGGUUGAGAGUUCUGACACCAUUGACAAUGUCAAGGCUAAAAUUCAAGAUAAGGAAGGAAUCCCACCUGACCAGCAGAGGUUGAUUUUUGCUGGGAAACAGCUUGAGGAUGGAAGGACUCUAGCAGAUUACAACAUUCAGAAGGAAUCAACACUCCAUCUGGUGCUGCGCCUAAGGGGUGGUAUGCAGAUCUUUGUUAAGACAUUGACCGGGAAGACUAUCACCCUGGAGGUAGAAAGUUCAGACACCAUUGAUAAUGUGAAAGCAAAGAUCCAAGACAAAGAAGGGAUUCCACCAGACCAGCAGCGUUUAAUUUUUGCUGGCAAGCAGCUUGAGGAUGGCAGGACCCUUGCUGAUUACAACAUCCAGAAAGAGUCCACACUCCAUUUGGUGCUCCGAUUGAGAGGAGGAAUGCAGAUCUUUGUCAAGACACUGACCGGGAAGACGAUUACCUUGGAGGUGGAGAGCUCAGAUACCAUUGAUAAUGUGAAGGCUAAGAUUCAGGACAAGGAAGGUAUCCCACCAGACCAGCAGAGGCUGAUUUUUGCUGGUAAGCAGCUGGAGGAUGGUCGCACCCUUGCUGACUAUAACAUACAGAAAGAGUCAACUCUUCACCUUGUGCUCCGUCUCCGUGGUGGCUUUUGAGAAUUUGGUGCUCUUGUAACUGUGGUUUCUUCUCCUGAUCCUUUGGUUGAAAGAUGUUUCUAGACUUUUCUGUUUUUGCUUUGGUGACAUUGCUUUUCUUAUGCGUGCUCGAACUAUUGUUUAUAUGAAUAAAUUUAGCUGUGUUACUAUGUAA